GAAUAUUCAAAAUAAUGUUUUACGUCAAAAUUUUAAAUGUACCGUCAAGUUGAAAUGUCUCUAUAAUGACUGCAUUUGUAUAAAAAUACAAAAAAUCAUAAAAAUAGUCAAGGAUGAAAAAAACAAAUUACCAAACAUGUUCCUUUUCAAAAUAAAAUACGUUGGAAUGUAGUAAACUGGUAGAUAAAGGUUCUAAAAUCGGCGAGCUUGUGUUGCGCAAGUUCAGUGUCCGCAAAGUCAGUUUGUUCCAAUUUAUUGAAGAAACAUCCCGUCAAGCAGCCAACGGUCAAGGCGCCAACAGUAGUUAGGCCAACGGUCAAGAAACACGAUUGUCUUGGCGUCACAAAACAAAAGAAAGUGAAAUAGUCAAAAUGGUUCAAAAAGCUACUCGUACAAGACAAGAACCACAAUUUAAGAACUUUGAUGAAACUUGUUCUUGUACCAAAUGUGACUCACUGUAUUGUUUUUCAAAGAGACACUUUGAAGACUCUUGCUCUUGCUCUUGCAAUAACUGCAAGGAAUCUAAAACAUGCCUUUUCUACACUAAUAGAUUAGUAAGAGUGAGCCAGAGUCGCUCAGACGCAACAAAUACAGCUCCCAUAUGUACAAUUUCGUCGGCGACGGGUGACAAUGCUUACUCCAAUAGCAAAUAUUCUCCAUUUUAUAAAGUCGCUUCUACAAAUUCUCAUGAAACAGUCAUAGCAAGCAAGCACUCUUCAAGUAUUUUAGCCAUUACAAACAAACAUUCCUCGAAGACUCUAGCCAUAACAAACAAGCAAUCGUCUAAGGUGUUAGCCAUUACAAACAAGACUUCAAAAACUUUAGCCAUUACCAACAAGCAGUCCUUAAAGGCUUUAGCCAUUACAAACGAGCAAUCCUCAAAUAUGUUAGCUAUUAUAAACAAAAAACCUUCGCAAAAUUUAGCUAUUACCCACAAAACUCCCGCAGUCUUUACAAACAAAUUUCUAGGUCAACAUGUUAUAGUAGCCUAUGAGACCGAAAUACAUUCAAUAUUUAGCACACAAAAGAAACCGUUCGAACGCUCUGAGAAUUCAAUAAAAAAGGAAGACAGCGCAUAUAAAUGCUCGUCGUGUUGUACUGAACCAAUACCAAAACCAGAAUCACGUUCUUGUGGACAUCACCGAUCAGCGGAAACUUACAAAGCACCGGAGCAAAUGGGUUGUUUGUCUCGAGAAUCAUACCAACCAUCAUCACCAGGGUAUGUACUCGAUCUAAGUAAUUAUAAAACGCAAAGCAAAACUGGAAGCAAAACUGAAAGCAAAACGAAUACGUGCAAAGAUACGUGUACUGAUAUUAAUCAAACAAUGACAAACAAAACUACUUACGCAAAAAAUAAUGAUAUUUGUGACGCAAGCGCAACUGGGUGUAAGUCCGGCCAUGAUCACAUGAAUUCCCGAGGUUAUGUUGUUGACAUUUCGGGCGGUCUAUACAGGCAAACAAGAAACCCACUAGAAACAUGUAAAACCAUUUUUACCAGUCCAAUAAAUGCAAUCAAAGCAUUAUGCACUACGUGUAGGCCACAGAAGAAUCAAAAAACAUUAAGUGAAGGCAAAAAAUAUAAUGAAGGUUUGUCAAGCAUGUGUAAGUGCCAGACUCCAGAUUCUGGACCCGGCUACAUAAUAGACCUUAAUAAUAAAAAGCCAUGUGACUGCAAUCAGUCUCAGGAAAAAGAACAAAAACCAUUCUACAAUAAAGAAGAUUACAACAAAACGGCGAAACCUGACUCACAGCAUACUUCACGAGGAUAUGUAUUUAAUAUGCCAAAACCAUAUGACAUAACACAAUUAAAAAAAUGUUGUAAAUGCAAUCAGCCAAAACUAGAGUCGAAUCCUCCGGGAUAUACAAUUGAUUUAAAAACGAAUUGUGACUGCAAUACCCCUAAACUUGUGUCGGACCCGCCAGGAUAUGUCUAUAACUACACUCAACGUAUAAAAUUACAACGUAAAACUACUUGCAACUGCGAACUAUUACCAGCAAAUAAUUUAUCAUACCCUCCAGGAUUUGUUCUUGUUAUACCACCAGGACAAGGUUUAAAAGAUAAACCCACGCAUCAGACUACAAAAUUUUUACCAGGUACAGAUUCAGAUUCCUGCGGAUGCAAAGCGACAAAGAAUAUAUUAAGUUUUUGGCCCGGAAAAGCAAAAAAGCACACAUCGAAAAAUCAGAAGAAUCCCUGUAGUUGCAGUGGAUCACAGCAUGAGAAGCCUCGAGACUCGCGCGGAUAUGUUUUAGAGCUUGGUCAAUAUAUAGGUGAUUCAGAAAAUAAACCAUACAAUACUGCAUGCAAAAUAUCGAAACCUAUAUCAACAUCACCAGAAUCAAGCGCUUAUAAGCUUGAAUUAUGCAGAAAUAUCCUUAAAAUUCAAAAAAAUGCAAUUGAAACCCUAGACAAUCUUUGCCUACUACAAAAAAAAUGUUGUAAUUGUCUUCCUAAUCAGAUUGAACGAUCUGAAAAUAAUGCUAAACAAAAAUAUUUAAAUAAACCAGCAUCAAUAAAACAACAAUUGUGCCAAAACAUACUUGAGACUCAGUUAAACGCGGUUGGUAUAUUACAAGACGUGACAUGCGCAGCACAGGAGAACAGUUAUUCUUAUCCAUUCAAUGAACAAGAUGGUAAAAGAUCAAAAGGCUAUAAAGAAUUACUAACAAACAAAACUUCAUGCAAUCAAUGUACUCAUCCAAAUAAAAAUAGACAAAAGUUUUUCAUAAAUUUCGUUGAGACGAAUAGAACUGGAUUUGACCCUUUAGGGUCAAUGUAUAAAAAAAGUUCCUGUGAAUGCGGUAACAAAAACUCACCCGGCUUUGUGGUUGAGUUAGUGAGACAAAAAGAUGAUCCAACGAAUAAAACCAGUAUAAACAACAGUCAGAAAAAAAAAUGUGACUGCGAAGAGUCUCGGAAAAGAUUAUCUAGCUCAGCCGGUUACAUAUUAGAUCUAGAUCAAUAUAAAAAUGAAGCAGUAAAUAAACCACGUAAAUUAAGUAAAAAUUUAAUUGAGAGUGAAUGUCAGCACAAAAAUUGCGAAUGUCGAAAAAGAAUGUCUAGUUCGGCAGGAUACAUAUUAGACUUGGACCAAUAUAAACAUGAACCAAUAAAUAAAACUCGUAAGUUGAGUAAAAAUGCGUUUGAUGUACAAAGAAAUACUAUAGAAUCACUAAACAAUACAAAUCAGAAAAAAAAGUGCGAAUGCAGUGAACAUCAAAAGAGUUCGUCCGAGUUUGAUGGAUAUAUAAUGGAUCUUAAGCAAUAUAUUAAUUUGCCAAAAAACUCUUCACAACGAUCUAAUAUCGAGCAUCGUACCGAAAUCACCUGUAAUAAAUGUUGUGUUUGUAAAAAGCAUUCAAAACAUACAUCGGAAUCAGCAGGAUAUGUUUUAGAGCUCAGCCAAUAUAAAGAAAAAGCCAUGGAAUCAUCAAACAAGAAAAGCAGUUGUUUGUGUAGCGACAAUAAGAAAAUGUCGGAAACUGCAGGUUAUAUUUUUGAUCUAGGCCAUUUUAAGCAAGAGUUGCCAACUAAAACCCAUAAAUUGAGUAAAAAUAUAUUUGGUAUACAAAGAGAUACCAUUGGAUCGGUAACAAGCGCAAACCAGAAAAAAAGUUGUGGUUGCAGUGAAACACGAAAUAAACUAUCUAGCUCAGCAGGGUAUGUAUUGGAGCUGGAACAAUAUAAAAAAACUUGCGCUUGUCGUAAAUCAUCACAAAUGACAUCAGAACCUCCCGGAGGAUAUAUAGUUGACUUAUACCAAUACAAGCAAAAACAACCUCAAAAUGGGAAUAAGACUUGUAAUUGUAAUCAUGACAAGAAAAAAACUGAUUCCGCGUCCGAAUUUCAACACAUAGGGCGUCAACUACCGAAUAUUCCCAAGACGGACAGUAGAAAUGCUUCUGAAAUAAAGACUAACACAAAUUGCCACAAAAGUUGUGUGUGCAAAAAACCAUCCAAACUUAUAUCAGACCCCCCAGGCUAUAUUCUAGAUCUCGAUCAAUAUAAACAAGAGAGAGGAAAGAAUGACCAUGACAGCUGUAAUUGUGGUAAAGAUAAGAAAAAACCGCAUGGUUCCGCAACUUAUCUUCAAGACAUUUCUCGGCAACCAUCGAAUAUACCGAAACAAUCGAGUAAGACUACUUCUGAAAUAAAAACAAACACAAAUUGUCACACAAGUUGUGUGUGCCAAAAACCAUCCAAACUUAUAUCAGACCCGCCAGGUUAUAUACUAGAUCUAGAUCAAUAUAAGCAAGACAGAGGCAAAAAUGAACGUGGCGGAUGUAAUUGCGGUCAAGGAAAGAGAAAGCCGUUUGGUUCAGCAACGCAGCUUCAAGACACUUCUCGGCAACAGCUGAAUAUGCCGAAAAGUUCGAGUAAAACUACUCCUGAAAUAAAAACAAACACAAAUUGUCACACAAGUUGUGUGUGCCAAAAACCAUCCAAACUUAUAUCAGACCCGCCAGGCUAUAUCCUAGAUCUAGAUCAAUACAAGCAAGAACGAGGAAAAAAUGACCAAGACAGCUGUAAUUGUGGCAAAGAAAAGAAAAAACCGCUUGGUUCAGCAACUUAUUUACAAGACAUUUCUCGACAACCAUCAAAUGUACCAAAGCAAUCGAGUAAAACUACUUCUGAAAUAAAAACGAACACAAAUUGUCACAAAAGUUGUGUGUGCCAAAAACCAUCCAAACUUAUAUCAGACCCGCCAGGUUAUAUACUAGAUCUAGAUCAAUAUAAGCAAGACAGAGGUAAAAAUGACCAUGACAGCUGUAAUUGUGGCAAAGAAAAGAAAAAACCGCUUGGUUCAGCAACUUAUCUACAAGACAUUUCUCGACAACCAUCAAAUGUACCAAAGCAAUCGAGUAAAACUACUUCUGAAAUAAAAACGAAUACAAAUUGUCACACAAGUUGUGUGUGCCAAAAACCAUCCAAACUUAUAUCCGACCCUCCAGGUUAUAUACUAGAUCUAGAUCAAUAUAAGCAAGAGAGAGGAAAACAUGAUCAUGACAGCUGUAAUUGUGGUCAGGGAAAGAAAAAGCCAUUUGGUUCAUCAACCCAGUUUCAAGACACUUCUCGACAACAACUGAAUGUGUCGAAAAGUUCGAGUAAAACUACUCCUGAAAUAAAAACGAACACAAAUUGUCACAAAAGUUGUGUGUGCCAAAAACCGUCGAAACUUAUAUCAGACCCGCCAGGUUAUAUACUAGACCUAGAUCAAUAUAAGCAAAAUAGAGAGAAGAAUGACAACGACGGCUGUAAUUGUGGUCAACAAAAGAAAAAGCCGUUUGAUUCAGCAACGAAGCUUCAAGAGAUUUCUCGGCAAGUAUCGAAUAUGCCGAAAAAAAAUAGUAAAAUAACUUCUGAAAUAAAAACGAACACAAAUUGUCACAAAAGUUGUGUGUGCCAAAAGCCAUCCAAACUUAUAUCGGAUCCCCCAGGCUAUAUACUUGAUCUAGACCAAUAUAAGAAAGAACAUGCGCGAAAUAAAGAUGACAAAUGCAAGUGCAGUGACCAAAAAAAGAUAUCGUCGGAAUUGUCAGGAUACAUAUUGGAUCUACAGGAAUAUAAACUACCUAAGAAUAAAGCGCAUGUAAUAAGUAAAAAUAUUUUUGAAGUACAGAUGAAUACUAUCGAAACCCAUAAAAAUGCAGACCAGAAAAAAAAUUGUUCAUGUAGUGACUCUCACAAUAGAUCUUCGAGGGGAUAUGUAUUAGACCUUAAACAAUAUAAACAAACACAACAGAAAAAUAGUUGUUCGUGCAAUGACAAUGAGUCUGGAAAAAAGAGAUCUAACUCAGCUGGAUACAUUGUAGAUCUACAACAAUAUAAACAAAAAGCACGUGAAAAUACUCACAGUGAAACGUGUAAUUGCAAAGAAACAAUCAAGAAAUUGGAACCAAUUACCUGCUGUGUGGGCGAUAUCGAGUCAAAUGAAAAUAGAUUUAAAACAAAUAUGCAACAACCACCGACAAACAGCACCGCCGUUUCGGAUUUGACUUGUAACUGUAGUGAACCUUCAGGAAACAAAUUAAAUAAUGAUUUCAGAAAAAUACAAGGUCCAACAAGAAAUGCACUCGAAGUAUGCAAAAAUAUAUAUGGCUCGCAUAUGAACACAUAUGAAAUAGACUACAGGAAAAGUGAGACUGAUGAUGAAAUGUGUAAUUGCAAUCAGUCGGGAGCAAACAGAAGGGAAUUUCCGAAAUCUACAAAAGUAGCCUUAAAUGAUGCUAAAGAAACAUGCAACUGCGAGCAAACUUCACAAAGAAAGUAUAAAACCUGAAAACACAUUUGCAGAGUGUGAAAAUAAUUUUAACACGAUCUCG